GAUGCACUUAUUUUCCUUCCGUCAAAAGUAUGUGGUGAUACUUAACAAGUUAGCGGAGGCACUGUCCAGAAUAAAGCAUUUUCAAAAAGUUUGAAGCUGAUCAUGACACCAUUAGUUGGAAUCAUGACAAGUAAAGCUGGUCUUUCUGUCCAGUCAUCUUGCCUGAACACAUGGUGCUAUCUGUUACAUAAGCUUGAUGCAUUAGUAAAUGAUCCUCAUAUUCAAGGUAUAGUUGUGGAACCUAUGUUUAAGGUAGUCUUUAAUAUUGGACUUGAAGACGAUAAUAUUUGGAGGUGGAGACUCUGCAUGGAUUUGUUUCAUGAUAUUAUCCAAUCAAAAACUGUAAGUUAUGGAUCACACACUCAGGUUGAUGGUAAAUUAUCACCUCCAACAACUGAUAUGUUAAGUCUUAUAUCGCUAUCAGAGGAAUCUGCAUUAAAGAAUUACUCUGUUAGAUGGCUACCUUGGGACUGUAGUCAUGUGGAUUUUCUUCUGAGUACAUUACAGAUGAUUUUCUGUCAAGUAGCAAAAGCUACUUUGUGCCCCAAUAGUAAGAGGUUGGUUUGUGAUGCUGCAACGAGGAUGUUCUGUCUCUUCUUGAAAGGUGUUCAAAUAGAUUUUAUGAAAUCUUUAACUAAUUAUGAUACUGUUAUGCAGUUCAUGAAUGAUAUUUUGGUGUUUGUAAAGACAGUAUGUGACACUGCUUUCAGUGUGGAUGAUGCAACAAUUGACUUUCAACUUAUUUGCCUACGGACUUUAGAAGCCGUAACUCAGGAGCUUGAUCCUUCUAUUCUGGGUUCCUCUCUUUAUAAGGUUGCUUUAGCCAUGAAGUGUAGAUCCACACAUGAAGUUGGAUGCAAUAUGCUGACAGGAAUUGGCCCCACAAAGCUUAUGGAAAUGGUUCCACCAAUAACUUACUUAACUGUGCAUUACUUUUAUCUGACGGUUCAACUUAGCAAUAAGGAAGCCAGCAUUGGGUCUAGUGACUCCAGUCUACAAGAAGCAUAUAAUUAUUUUACUCACGUGCUAUCUUUGUAUGAUUCUCUGGAAGUGAUCCAUGCCAUCACUGUUAUCCUGUAUGAUCGAUUUGAUCACAAUUCCUUAAGGGUUUGGAUUACAAUUGCCCAAUGUUUGAAGGAAUAUUUAGAUGCUGCUAAGGAUAUUGUGCCAAUGAAAACCCAUUCUGCUAGUACUGGUUGUAUUACCUUGUGCCAUUUCUUGGUUUAUCCACUCAUUGUCUGUACCCCUCAGAAACCAGUAAUAACCCAAAAGCAGUGCAAUUCCCUUAUAGCUUCUUCAUGUUUCUCAGAAAACCUUUCACAAGUUAAACAAGUGUGGAUGUCACUUUAUUGUCUAGUGAAUUCUACUAUCCUGCAAGAAAAUCAAAAUAAGAAUAGUUUUGCAGAAGAUCUUUGUUCAUCUUUGAAUGGCUUCCUCCUUCAAAGAAGCAACAUGGGUGAGGUUGAUCCUCCUGAUAACAGUCAGGAGCACCAUUUUCUCUCUUUCUGUGGUAAUAUAGCUGAGUGUAUUUUAAAGAAUUUGCAUAUUGAAAAGUUCACUUCUGAAGCAAUUAAGUGUGAUUAUACGGAAUCCAGUGGCAUAAACAACUGCUUGGAAUUUAUAGCCAGGUCAGUGUUAUUAUGAUUUUCUACCCUUGAAAUUUUUUGUAUCUGUUGUCUCUUUUAGCAGUCAUAAGUUGUUGCUUACUUGCCUUAUAGUAAUGGCCCUGGCCUGGCUCCUGUUCUUCCCCUGUUAUUUUUAUUUGGCCUGUCUUUUAUGUAAAAUGUAUGAAACCAUUUCAAGAUAAUAGCUAUGUGUAAAAUGUAUAGUGCAGCAGGUGCAUCUAGUCAAAAUACAUGACACGUGAAGUCCAACAAGGCCUUUAAUGAUCCUGCCAAUUUUAAUAGAGGGGUGAUUUCUAGUUUUUGUGCUAAAUUUUGCUAGAUAUACUUGCCUUUAAUUAUGUUUUUUUUUUAGUUUGAAAAUUGCCAAAAUUUACAUACUGCACUGCUACUUCGGACUGACUUCAUCUUCUUAGGCCCAGCUCAUGCAGGUUAGAAUAAAUUUUCUUAAGAGAUAGCUGACAUCUUUGUUGUUGAUUCUUAUAACUUGUGAAUCUUCAUCACUCGUAUCUUUGCUCUUUUAGUCUUUUACAUACAUGUCGGCUCACUGUAGAGGCCUGAUUGUUGUUUAUUUUUCCCUUGAUAAUGCAGGCUUAUAAAUCUCAUGAGCACAGUUAAUGAAGCACCAGGACAUGUUAUUUUAAGGAUACUCCCCCCAUUUACAUACUUAGUCAGUUGCCUUCAGUGGAAAGAAGAUAUUGUUUCCUUGUUUAAGGUCUGAGUCCUGCACUCACUGAAUUGUUUAUCAGGAAAUUUCCACGAAAAUAAUUAUGUCAUAUUUUACCCAUAAUGUUAUGUUAUCAGGUUCUCUGUGAUCCUCUGCUUCACAAAAUAAUUAUCAACACUCAUUCACAAAAGAAUUAUCAACAUUAAAUUAUCAACCGUUUCUAAGCAUUUCCUUUUCUUUUUCUGGAAUACCUAUGCCUUAUACAUGGGUAUGCUCAUUUCGAUCCUAGUCGUAUUUCGCAUGCUAGUUCUUGUUCCUUCCUUGUUUAUGAUUGUCUUGUUGGACAUCAAUCUUAGAUUAUACCUUGAUUUAUAUUGUUAUGCUGUUGAUAUGGGUUGUUCUAUUUUUAACAUUGUCAUGAUUUCAAAGUUUUUAUGUCGAUGUGUUCCUAAUUUAAAUAUUGUUGGUACUUUGGGUCUUUGGUUAUUCAAUUCUCAGGUAGUUAUACCCUUUCUUUUUGUUGGAAAGAUGGAUUUACGGGUUCUUGAAUUACGACUUUGUUGGCCUCCUUUAUUCUAUAGUCUGUUUGGUUUUUACCUAAGCUUGCAACUUCCCAUCUUUUGGCAUGUUCUAAUUACCGUUCUUUUGGCUAUUAACCUGAAGUUAUACUUUCUAAAUGCACUAUAUUCUCUAUACUUGCAUUUCAUGAUUGCUUUUCGCCCAUGUUCUUGUUUACAGCUACCUUGCAGGGUUACCAAAAACACUUUCCAUCCAUGGAUCAUGUUACUAUUAUGUACCGACUCAAUUUCUUAUUCUGUUAUUUUAAUUAAAGUUGCAAUAAUGAUUAUAUUGUCGUUUGAUGAAUGAGUUAUUUUAACCCCUUGGAAUCGAGUGCUUGACACCCCCUGUGGAUACGAUGUGGCUUUAGGGCACCUCUCUACAUCGCAACUUCUUGAAAAUUUUAUUUUGUCUUAUUUUAUUUUUCCACCGCAAGUAUGUAUUUGUAAUAGCUUAUAUUAUAGAAUCGGGGCCUCAAAACCCCAAUGGAAUUGAGUGCUUGACACUCGCG